AUGCACGCAUCUCAACUCGAGGGUCCGUCCGCGACUCUGGACGUUGAGCUGCGUCGCACCUCCUUUCCCAUCUCCACCCAAGAUCCCUCCACGCACCACGCUGCGGACAUGUCCAUUCAGCAGCAGGCAGCUACCAAGACUCUGAUUGCAUCGAUUGCAGAUGAGGACACAACGACCGGGCUCCUCCUCGCCGGCAUCGGCCAGGUAGAGAGCGAUGGCAAGACGAAGAAUUUCGCCAUUGUUGAUCAGAAGACCUCACCCUCAGACAUAGAGUCACACUUCAACACCUUCACUCAGGAGCGAAAAGAUAUUGCCAUCUUGCUCAUCAACCAGCAUAUCGCAGAGAAGAUCCGUCCGCUAGUGGAUCGUUAUCAGCAGGCUUUCCCUGCUCUGCUGGAGAUUCCGAGUAAGGAGCAUCCUUAUGACCCGUCGAAGGAUUCGGUGUUGAAACGUGUACAGAAGCUCUUCGGCGAGGACUAG